GGCUGAUUGAGAGACAUGAACUCGGGUCUCCCCAGGACGCUGUUUCUCUCCCGGGCCCGGGAUCGCGCGCUAGCACCGGCGGGCAUGUUUGGACUCCUCGUCUCCGCGCGUUACAGCCAAUUGUCAGCCUCCGGAAGAUAAUAGUCCGAGCUCACCGCGACACUCCGAGAAUAACCCCCCCUCGCUCCCUCCUUCAGCGGUCCCCCUUCCCCUGGCCUUAAUAGAUAUAUUUAGAGCCGGCGGAAUGCGCGGUGGCCACGCUGUUUAUAGCCAGUCGAGCGAAACCCGAUCCACAGCACGGAAAUAAAGCAGCGGCAUCAGCAUGCGGCUUCGCCAGAAAAAAACAACAAACCGCUGUUUCAAGUGCUUCUGCCGAGAAAGCUCAAAACAAACGUGAUGUUGACAUUUUAGCAUCUUAGCAUUCGCGAUGCUAAGAUGCUAAAAUGAUGCAUCUCCACGGUGAGACGCGACGUCAACAGUUGGCGGACAGUGUACAUGCAGACACGUAGAGAACGAGUUACAUCAAAAGAAAAGCCUGGACAAAGGAUGCUGUGCGGACAAGAGGGCCCGACCCGAACACAGCUGCUGCAGCCACGUUACGCGUUUGGCGCACGUUACGCACGGUCCUGAUUCAGGAGUUCUCCUUGGUGCGUGAACUGGCAGCGCGGCGUGUUAACAAGCAGAGUGGUCAUAAGCUCAUGACACAAGAAUAGAUAAGAUACAAUUCUUCACUCAGAUUCUUUUCUAAUCUCUGUAUAAUGUUAGAAGAAAGGUUGACUGAACUGUAUGCAAAGUAAAAAUAAUCAAGCCAUGUCAUAUAAUAUUAAUGUAUAAUGCCGCAUUACUUGCAAUGUAUUAGAGAAAAUUGAAAUAAACAUUAUUUCCAAAAAGUUGGGAGCAAUUUAAAAGAACACAUAUAGAUGAAAACAAAUCAAUAAAUAAAACAACAGCGGGGUAAAUGCGUAAUAUCAGCGCAAUGUCAACCGUCUGAGACAUAUUAUACUCUUUGGAAGAGUUUCACUUCUUUGAAACGUUAGGAAAUAAGAGAAAUUCUACUCCAGCGAUGCCUAUUUGGGUGACUACAUUACCCAGCGUGCUUGUGGCGGAUGUGACGUCACCAUGAGACUUAUAAAGCAGCUUCCAGGCGGCGGUGUCAGACCGAUGCGUAGCGGGGUGAACCUGCCGAGGCGGCGAUGGGACGGACGCAGCGAUGAGACUCUGUGCUGGAAUUUAGCCUCCGCGGUGCAGAGCGCGCAUCGAUCCCGGGUCAAAUAUGUGACAGCUGCAGCUUCACCCCUCACGGACGCUAUGUUUUCAUGUGUGGAUGCGCUGAAAUGGGCGCUCAAGUUGACCCGGCGGUGUCCUCUGGAUGGUGCGGAGCUGUCAAACUCGGAUACGCUGCCGCUUCCUUCUCUCAGUCUUCGCCUCGGUAACUGGAGGAGCGUGUGUGAGGAGGAAAACGGAAUUAACCUCUGACCAAACAAGUGCGGGAACGAGCCGUCGGUGAUUCGGGACCAGCCGAGGACACUGGAGACUUUGUUUUUUAGGUAGACUUCUUGGCUUUGCAUGUUGCGGUCGCGCAAUUCCAGCUCUGCAUGAACACGUAAGCCGCUCCUAGUUGAGUGAGUAUUAAAGAACAUUUUUAUGGAUAUAUUCUGGGAUUAAUGAGGAUUAAGCAGAGUGCGCCAAGUCUCAGAUGGAAUAAACAAUUUGUGAGGAAAACGCGCAAGACAAUUCGACGCCAAAUUCUGUUGUGAAUUAUUUAGCUCCAAAGUUACCCGAUACUUUUACGCACGGCUUCCAUCUGAAGUGGAACAACACGAGCACGUCACAGCGCUGAGGAGAAGUGUCACCUGCACGUUUGCGGCGGCGCUUGGAUUUUACGCACCGCAGAGCGCUGUCAGGCGCGCGGAUGUGCAGAUGUUUUAGGUCUGUUUGUUUUGUCGACUCGCAUGACUUGGCUGAUAUGCUCCUGGAGAACAUGAUGUGGGUCCGCCUGCGGUGAUUUCAGCUGCUGUUCCCAUGCGUCUUUCUCCCCCAGACCCCUGGACGUUGUUGUGGAUUGUGUUGCUAUUUAAUGCGAUGGGCUGCAUCCAGAGUAUCAGGUGUAAGCCCAAGAGUUUCCGAGACAGUAUCAUCGUCCUGGAGGUCAACACUUCCAUCGACUCCCACCCCACCAGCAUCGACGAGACAUCCAGCGUGGUCCUGCGCUACCGGACGCCGCACUUCCGAGCUUGUGCGCGGGUACUUGUGCCGCCAGUACCCAGUAAAGAAACGUGGACCAUCGGGUGGAUUCAAGCUUGUAACCACAUGGAGUUCCACAACUCUUACGGAGACAAGGGGAUGUCCAGCUGGGAGCUGCCGGAUCUCCGUGACGGGAAGAUCCAAGCUAUCAGCGACUCGGAUGGAGUCAACUACCCCUGGUACGGAAACACAACGGAGACGUGCACCAUCGUGGGUCCCACCAAGAAGGACAGCAAGUUCACCGUUAGCAUGAACGACAACUUCUAUCCCAGCGUGACGUGGGGGGUCCCGGUCAGCGACAGCAACGUGCCUCAGCUCAGCAGCAUCCGCCGCGACCAGAGCUUCACCACGUGGCUUGUGGCCAUCAACCAGGUGACAUCCGAGACCCUGGUCCUGCAGACCGUCCGCUGGAGGAUGCGUCUCCACAUCCAAGUGGACCCGGAGAAGCCUCUGGGUCAAAGAGCCAUUCUCAAUGAACCCGUAGCACAAGAACAGCCUCAGAUCCUGGGAAAGAACGAGCCCAUCCCUCCUAACGCCAUGGUCAAGCCCAACGCCAACGACGCACAGGUGCUAAUGUGGCGGCCAAAGAACGGUGACGCCGUGGUGGUCAUCCCACCCAAAUACUGACCUGUGUCACCCACCAGAUUGGCCUUGGAUACCUAAACAGUAUCAUUCUUUUCUUUUGUACCUCACCAGCUCUGUUUUCUUCCGUGUCUGUGAUAUUUAUUUUGUGUGCGUGUUUUGAAAAGUUGAACUGAAACCAGCACUGGGUAAACUGGAGCGAACAACCAUUCUACCUUCAAACAGGAUCUCACUGUGCUACGUGAAGAGGUGACAGGUCUGUUUAUCAUCUGGCCACUUGAUAUUCAGUUGAGGAUCAAAAGCAUUUCCGUCGUUUUUUUUUUUUCAUCAACCAGUUGUGUUGUUUAUGAAAAUAUACUCGAAACAAAACAUCUAUUUAAUUGCACCUUAAAUCUGUCCUGGGAACAAGAGCGUUCAUAUCUGCCACUCGUCUCCGCAGUGGUGUUUAUUGGCCUUGGGAUUUUCAAGCACGAAGCCCUGAACAAGACAAUUUAACAAACCCUUAAAGAGACAAGGAAGCAUGUUCUCCUCAUGCUGCUCUCCUUAAGAUACUCAGGUUUCCGCCCAGAAUUCAAGACACACCCAGGUUAGAGCUGGGACAGGUGACAACAAAUAAACAAGCACAGAUGAAAAGCAAGCUGUCCAACAAAAUCCUGGAGGUUUUGGGUUCACUUUGUUGAGACAGUGAAUCGCUGAAACGGAAAGAAAAUAAAGCAUUUGAUCCUCGGUGAAAGAUCGAAUGGACAAAGAUACUCGAACCAUAGCAGUUUUCUAUUUUGUUUUGUAUUUUUAUGGAGCCAAGUGGCUGAGGACAUGCUUCCACACCUGGAUAUGCACAGCAUUUUAGUGUUAGAAUACUGGUUUUGUUUUCUAUUUAAAGGCUGGGAAAGAGUGCAUUCUACUGUGUCUACUGUCGUGACUUGAGCACGACGCGUUGCACUGGGUGACGGAAGUCAUUUUUAAAAGACAUGCAAGACAUUCGAUCCAUGCUGCCUUACGUUUACAUCGCUUCCACUGCAAACAUUUUCGCCUUAAACAAAGUGCAAUGCAGUUGAGUUUUUGUUUGUUGGUCCUGACUCUUCCGAACCGCUGCUGCUGCCCCCUGCGUGUGGGUUCCGGACGGAAACCAAAGACCAUUUUUCUGUUUCUUGUCACAAGUAGCUGGAAAGUUACACUUCCUGUUUAAAACUGUGUCUUGCUCAGUUGCCAGAAUAAAUUGUUGUGGACUAUUUGGG